CACUCAGGCUGGAAGUUCAGAGACUAUUCAGGCCAGACACCAGUGCUGAUCAGCAUUUUGACCUGCUCUAUUUCUGACCUGGGCCAUUUUGCCUUUUCUUAGGUAACUAGGUAGCCCCCUGCUCCUGAGGCUCACCAUAUUAAUUCAAUCAGUAACUAGGUAGCCCCCUGCUCCUGAGGCUCACCAUAUUAAUUCAAUCAGUUCAUUAACAUUUAUUAAGCACCUGUUGCACGCCAGGGGGUGCAAAGACCUGGGAUUAUAAAGAAAGCCAAAAGAAAGUCUCAGUUCUCAAGGAACUCUUAGUCUAAUGGACUUAGUUUAGACAUUUAAUUGGCUUAAAGAGAUUCUCCAACCCCUUUCUCUAGGAAACAGAUUCAGGAACAUGAGGUCUCUUGGGAAUACCUUCAAGAGGAAGAGCGCGGGGGCCAUUUAAAAGGACUCGGAACCGUGGCUGCAAGACUGGGGCCCGAGGGCUGGCAGUGGAAAACUCUCCUGACCUGCGAUCUAUCACCAAAAAGUUCCUGGUGCCUUUUUGCCUCCUGCAAAAGAAGGGAAGAGGACAACAAGACAAUGUCAAUAGCCCUAAAGCAGGUUUUCAAUAAAGACAAGACUUUUCGGCCCAAACGCAAAUUUGAGCCUGGCACCCAGAGGUUUGAGCUCCACAAAAGGGCACAAGCCUCUCUGAACUCCGGGGUGGACCUGAAGGCGGCAGUGCAGCUACCCAGUGGGGAAGACCAGAACGACUGGGUGGCUGUUCACGUGGUAGACUUCUUCAACCGGAUCAACCUGAUCUACGGCACCAUCUGUGAGUUCUGUACUGAGAGGACCUGUCCUGUGAUGUCGGGGGGUCCGAAAUACGAGUACCGGUGGCAGGACGACCUGAAGUACAAGAAACCCACCGCACUGCCAGCCCCCCAAUAUAUGAACCUUCUCAUGGACUGGAUUGAGGUCCAAAUCAAUAAUGAAGAUAUAUUUCCUACCAGUGUAGGUGUUCCAUUCCCUAGGAAUUUCCUUCAGAUCUGCAAGAAGAUUCUGUGCCGUCUUUUCCGUGUAUUUGUGCAUGUCUACAUCCAUCACUUUGAUCGUGUGAUUGUGAUGGGUGCAGAAGCCCAUGUCAACACAUGCUACAAACACUUCUAUUACUUUGUCACAGAGAUGAACCUCAUAGACCGCAAGGAACUAGAGCCGUUGAAAGAGAUGACCAGCAGGAUGUGUCACUAAAGAGCCAUCCAUGGGAAGAAGGAAGAAUGCGAUUUCCUCAGGGGGCUGAGCAGGAGCACAAAGUAGACAUUUUGGACUAAAAUAACUUGUUGAUUCCCAGGAGGUUGGGGACAGGCAGUGAUUUUUCUCUGCCAUGUUUCCCAUUCACUGUGUCUGCUCUUAACCCUCAGAGUGCUGCUAGCAACAUCCCAUCGACCAGGUGUAUCACAAAACAAAGCAAAGAAAGAGAAAACUUCCAUUUAUUUUUCUGGUUUCAAGAAUUCUCCAGAAUGGAGCCUCUGCAGUUAUAGACUUUUUUUAUUAGUUCAAUCCAUUGUUCCUGCUGUCUCAGCUUUACUGGAAUUCAGGUUUGGAUACUGAGAUGUAUCUUUCCCCACUGACUGGACCAGCCUUGUCAACCAGCCUAUUUUUCUGUGUUUGAUUUUCUGUGUACAGUGUGAAUUUGAAAACUCUGGAUCUUCAACAAGUUUUUUGUUUUUUUUUUCUGUAACAAGCCUUCCUUCCUGCAAAGUCUUACCCUUAUCCUGUAAAAUAUUUUGAAAUUCCAUGAAGCAUUAUAAUCCUGAUAAAUCCACCAGAGACCAAAAGCACUACUUUCUCUCAUGGUCCUACUGCUUCUGAGGACUUACUUCUUUCCAAAUAGUGUCUUUCUAUUAUAACCAGACGGAAGUUCAAACACCACCUUCUUCAGGAGACCAUUUCUGAUGCCCUGCAGCUGCUAGUGCCUUCCCCUUCUCCUAUCCCUUCCCCAUGCCUGGGUUACCUUUAUCUGUUUUCUCUGUGCUUUGUAUAUACUUAUAUAUGUCUGAAUUGUCUUUCCUAUUAGAAUAUAAGUUUCUUGAGGGCAGGGACUCUUGAUUUUUGUUUUUGAUUUUCUAGAUCGUAACAUAGUACCUGGCACAUAGUUGGUGCUUAACAAAUGUUUGUUGAUUGAUUAAGUCCAUUUCCCAGAAUAAGAUUUGCUGAGACAUUGGUCAAAUUUCUGAGUGACUUUGGUUAUUGUACAUAUUCAAUUCAACAAACAUUUAUCCAGUACCGAUUACAUGUACUAGGGUUUGGAGAUACAACAUUAGGAAAUCAAAAGAGUACCUCCCUUCAAGGUGCUUCCAAUUUAUUGGGGGAUACACCAUGGGACACAAAUAAGAAAAUCUAAAGUAUAUGCAAAGAAAUUUUUAAGAGGUAGAAUAUACUAAUUGUUGGGGGGGGGAGAGUAAGAAGAGGAAAUCAGAAAAAUUCUCUAGUAUUUUGCACUCUCCUUUACUUUUUGAUCUCGUCUAUUUUAUUCUGGAAAUCCUGUCAUUAGAAGGAAGACAAAAGGAAACUAGAAAUUAUACAACUUGGCAAUGCAGUGAUAGAAGAAACCAAUUAUUGUUUUAUAUAGGAUUAUGUGAACAAAAUAUUUGAUUGGUUGACUUUACUGACCUUAACAGAUGGUUUGCUACGUUACACAAGUCUAUGUAUUCUUUCUUUUUCUUGCCUUUCUGACAUAAAAUUAAUUGUGGGCUCCAAGAUACAUAGUAUCUCAACCUGUUACUGUGCCAUGGUCUCCAAAGACACAGUAUAAAGUUCUUGUUUAUGCACCUAACCUCUUCCCAGCUUUCCUUUUUCAAAUGACAGCCCUUGUGAUAUAUAUUUAUGUUGUUUCAUGCAAUCACAGGAUUUCAUAAUUGGAAGGGACCUCAGAGACCAUCUUGUUCAACUCAUCUGAGAAAAAGAAUGCCCUCUACAAUAGAGUGAUGUCAUUCUUUUUAAAAGAUUAAUACAGGCUUUUAGUAGAUGAAAUGUUUGUUUUGCCUGUUUAUCAAUGAUCCUGACAGGCUCUAGUUUGGGGCAUCCAUUUACUUCCUGUUGAUUUGAAUUUCACAAAAUAUCAUUUUGUAUAAAAUAGCUAAAAAAUAAGAUUCAAAAAAUGGGUGUUUUUACUGUAAUUUUUAUUAAAGUAUAAUUACAGAUAGCUCAGAAUAAAUAAAAUCUUGCAUCUACAUGAACCAAGGACUAGACUUUUGAAACCAUUCACUGCAUUUUGAAAGCAUUCAGUGGUGGGUUAGCCAAGAAAACCUGCCUUUGCUUUUGAGGAAGAUGUAACUUUGUUUUACAGGCCCCCAAUGCUGCUACCUCUCUCUAGACUCUUGGUAUUCAGGUUAUACUUGAUCAUUGACAAACAUGCCUCUCCAUGGUGUAUCUUUGUCCCUUAUGAGAGAGGAAAAGAAACACAUUUCAAUCUAUCAUUAAAUCAUUUUUUGGUUGGAAAUCCACAGAGAAAAAAACUUCUAAGAAAACAUCAAAGAAAAAAGGACAGAAUUAGAACCAUCUCCAAACUUUUGCAAUAUAGCAAAUCCUUUGUAAAUCACAAAUAAAACAUAACCUUCUUCACAAAACUUUGCCAGGUUUCUGAAAAACUGAAAAAUCUUAUUGUUUUGAAAUUACAAUCAUGGAGUUUUCCUACAUUGUAUUAAUGCCAUUUAGAAUGCUAUUUGUGCCUAAUUUUGUAGGAGUUUGGAAAUCUGCAUUUGUUAACAAAUCUUUUUAAUACUGUUUAAAAUCAUUUCUGUAUAUGAAAUUUCCCUUCAACUUUUUUUCCAAGUAGCUUUGUGAGUUUUUACCCUCUUGGUACAGUUUUCCUCUGACUGUACAUACUCUUAAUUGCACUAAUGAAUUGUUCUAGGGUGUAUUUUAUACAAAUUGUUGUGGGUUUGUGUUUGUGUUUUGUUUUGAUGUUUGUUGUUUUUAGUAAUAAGCUGGAUCUGUAAGAUUUUGUUUCAUCAGAUUCCUAAAAGAAACCAUUAGUAAUUUUGACCACUUUCUUUGGCCUGGCUACAUUACAUGUUUAUCUCUUGUGUGAAAGAAAAGAAAGUCAAAUGAAUAAGAAUCCUGAAGAAAACAGCACAGUUCUUUAACUCUUGACCUAGAUUAGUGAUAGUGAACCUUAUAGCAUGGGUGCCAAAGAUGGCACUGCAGAGCGCCUCUGUAGGCAUGCAACCACCCUUCCUCCCUUCCCUAGAGUUUGUUACUAGAAAGGCAGAGGGACCAGUUGGAGCUGUUCCCCUCCCCCUCUCCACUGUGUCUAAUGACAUUUUUUCACAUCAUCCAUCCCUCUGUGCAGCAGCCCAGGGGGAGUCCCCCUUGUGUGGAGUAGAGGAGGGGUGCAGCCCGGCACUCAGUCUGGGGAUUGGGAUUGGGAUUGGGAUGAGGCCCAGUACUCUGUCUCUAAAAAACUUUUCCAUCACUAGUCUAGAUAACAACCCAAAAUGAGGUGUUUCUGUGUGGGGAAAAGAUGGAAUGAAUCUGGACCUAAUUCCUGGCUUCUAUUGUGCUUUAUUAUGUCAUUGACUCUUACUAGUAUUGACAUUUGAGUAAUAGUCCUAAAUGAAAGAGGAUGCAAAAAGAUAAAAGAAAAAAAUCUAUUAGAUAACUUGUCCCAAUUUAUAGGUAAAUGUGAUCAUCUUUUUAUUAUGAUCUCCUUUUCCUGUCCCUUGAUAUGCUCAGGAAAGCUUCAGCACCAUUUCAAUGGAUAUAAAUUUCUAGCAUUCCAUUUAACUGAAAGAUGGCAAUGGGUAGAAUCUUCUUACAGGAGAGAUUUGAGUCAUUUUCCUACAAUGGACUUGAAUUUUCUAUUUGGCCUGUAGUUUCAUCAGAUAUCAAAUAUGUGCACUUCUCUUAUUUCACUUCUUAUUCCAUGUCCUUAUGCUCAGGUCCCCAGGAUUUGUUGCUAUAGCCCUUGCUGCUGCUUUUUUGCCUUAUAGAGUCUUUCCUCCUGUAUUCUCUCAGGACUACAGAUAGUGUUUCAUUGUCUUAGGAAAAGUGUGUAGAAGGGACAUUUAGAAGCCAUCUGGUCCAUCCCUCCUACUCUGCAGGCAGAACAAUACAAUGAAUGAAAACCAUUCUAUUUUUAAAGAUCUUCAAACAAGGAAAUUCCACAACUCCCUAGAGUAAUCUAUGCUUAGAUUCAAAAAUUGUUGAAAUACUUCUGUACCACUCAUGUAAAUCAGGUAUGCUUCAGGUUAAACACAAUUUUCUCCUGGUUGUGUCUUGUCAAGAUAGCAGAUUGUGUUCUAGGGUCCUUCAUAUAGCUAAAGGCUGUUAUGAAAUUACCCUUCAAACUUCUCAUCUCCAAAUUGAAUAAUCCAUUUCUUUAACAAUCUUUCGUAGGUCUUUUUUGUGGUUGUUGGUUUGUUUUUUGUUGUACCCACGUGGGGAAUUCUUGGUGUGGAAACUCUACCAGUAUAGAUUAUCAACUCAUCCAACAUUUAUUAAGGCUUUAAGGUUUAUAAAGCACUUUUUUUGCAAAUAUUAUACCCUUUAAUUGAAUACAUUUAAUUUGACAACUAAAAAUGUUAGAGUUGCCUGGGAAACUAAGAGUUUUAAGUACCUUACCUAGGGUGACAUCUCUAGUUUGUAUUUGAAGAAGGACUUGAAUCCAGGUUUCCCAGAUUCCAAGGCUUGCUCUCUAUCGCAUAUGACUUGUUACCCUGCUUGGUCCUACCUAUACUUCUUUAAUCAUCUUUAGAACUCUCUGGGAAAUUUUCUCACUUUCUCUGUCCCAAUGGUGUUAUAAAGGCCCAAAUUGGACACAGUGUACUUUUAAAGAAACUGACUGAUGAUGAAGGGAAAGUUUAUCUCCUAAUUCACCUUUAUUAUACACCAAUAUAAACUACACCACUGACUUCCUGGCCCAUCCAUGAUACCAUAUGCAACUUGUCUCUUAUAUUACCAUCUCUGCACAUGGCCAAUUCGUAGCUAACAAAUAUAUGGUUUAACUUGUCUUGAACACAGCCUCAUUGAAUCCUGACCACUUAAAAAAAACUCAGAGGAUUUUCUGGUAAUUCUGCUAUAGAAUUCUAUACCAGUCUACCUAUACCUAAUCCUGAAUAGUGAUUUCUGCAAAUAUAAUCUCUAUUCUAUUUCCAGGUCAUUGAAAAAGUAUUCUGAUCCCCUAGGGCAAAGAUUUCAAACAUAAGCCCAGGACUCCCAAAUGUAGCCAAAUCAGAUUAAAAUAUAAUUAGGAAAUAUUUAACAAAAUAAAUGAAAACACAGUAGAACACAGAGUUAGUAUAUAGUUUUCUAAGCCAAUAUGCUGCCCACCCCCCAUUUCUGUCUGAGUUUUACAUUACUGAACCAUAAAAUACUUCUCAUAAGCUUUCAGCUCUUACUUUCCCCAUCCUCCAAGCUCUAUUGAUGUUCUCAGGAUAUUAUUUCCAAGCUACUUGUAUUCUCAUCUAAUUAUUUAGGCUCACCCCAAGCUUAUUACUGCAUUUAUCAUGUGAACUAAAAGUAAAGGGCAAGAUAGAUGUUAGUUCAUCCUGAUCAACCAUGAAUCCAAUAAAUAUUUUACCUCUUAAAAUGCCCCUAAUAGUGAUUAUACUGGAUGGUUUGAAGGGCACUAUGCAAUCAAGGUGGCCUUUAUAAGUAAGCAACUAAAAUAUAACUCCCUCUAAAAUAAACAGAUUUUAAUGCUCUCAAGUUUUUUUUGUUGUUAAAAAAUACAAAAUUGGGCUAGUUGGCUAGCAUUUUCCUCUUAGUUUAGCACUAAUAGUGAUAAGAAAGCAAUAUCUGAGAAGUAGAUUCCUGCUUUUUAGGAAUAGGAUUUUAGUGAUGGAGGUUGAGGAAGAGGGAAUAGCGUAAACUGGAAAGCAAUGGUACAAAUUAAUACACUUAAAAUAACCUUUACUAGUCAAGAAAUAUUGGUGGAAAUGUAGGAACAUUUUUUCUCCUAUGAAGUCAAUAGCACAGGGACCCCAAAGGGAGUCCAAAGUAAGAGCUCUGUCAUCAUGUCAAAUAAUUCCCACUUUUAAUCUUUUGGCUUUUGGGGGGGAGGGGGUGGUGCUAUUCUGGAGUUAGCCAAAGUUGAUUAUUUUUUGACUGGUGGAUUUUUGUUCCCACUUGAAAAACAGAUACAUUUAAGUUUUAUAACAGGAUGUUCUUCUCUGGACUUUUAUGAGUUCCAGGUAAGACGUUUUCCACUGAAGAGAUAGAUUUUUGUAAUUUUAGAGGAAAGAGCCAAUUUCUAAUGAAGCAACUAAUAUGUUUGACUACUUUUUAGUCUCCAGACUUCUCAUUUGUCCAGUAUCUUUUUUAGCAGUAUCCAAGAAAAUGAUUUUAGAAUAUUGUAGCUUUGUCUGUGAUUAAAUAAAGGGUUUCAUUGUUAGAAAGCAGACUAACAUCAUUAAAUCAAAAUUGAAAAAUUGGAUAAAAUGGAAGGGUACUUGUGAAAUCAGUUUUCAUUUGUGAACAUGAAUUCAAAUGGCACAAAUAAAAGACUUAUAACCCAUA